GAACUAAAAACUAAAUAUCGAAGGAAAAAUUGACAAAACAGAAUUGUUUUCUUUUUUUUUUAUAUUCUGAAAAACAAAACAAACGCGGGUUAAUUUAUUUUAAGAGCCAAAAAGGCAAGUUUAAAAUAGAACACAGCUUUUUUUCAGUUUUUAGUCCGCUUUUUCAAUUAAUGAAAAAGAAAAUGAAAAAAAAUGUUUUAAUUUAGAUAUAUAAUUAUAAUGAAAGUGAAAAUUGUUUUGUGAAAGAAAAUUUUGAAGAAUCGGAAGAAUACAGUAGUCUAGAAAGAAAAAUCAACGCCAAAAAAAACAAUGCCGUCUGCAAUUUCAACGCCAUUAACUUACGAAAUUCUAAUGUAUUUGAAUUCAUUUUACUUUGGUAUGUUUGCAACGUGUGAACUUUGUAUGGGAAUUUAUAAAGCAGCAAAUUUACCAUCGCCAGGCACUAAUAAAUUAUUAAUUGAAUUUGCAUUGCUAUUAUUUUUAUUGAGCACUGAAGCUGGACGCAUUUAUCUUGGCCGUAAGGGAAAUUUAAUGGAACGCGGCCUUUUAUUUCUUCUUGCAAUUGCAUUAACAGUUCCAAGUUCAUUUGUUACACUUUAUUUUUUAUUAUGGCAACAUUAUACAUUAAGAUUGGAAGUUAUAUUAUGCAGUAUUCAAAUUGUUCUACUCACCGCCGAAUUGAUUAUUGCAGUAUUGUGCCUCGUCUCUAUUUAUCGACCAUCGCCUGAGGAAUGAAGAGAAUUUUUUUUUUUUUUAAUUUCGCCUCCAAAUUUAUAAUUCUGAAAUGAAGCAAAAAAAAAAGAGAGAAAAGUUGCAAAAAAAAUCGUAAAGAAAUAAAGAAAAGGGGAAAAAAAAGGAAAGAAAAAAAUACAAAAAGAAAAAGAAAGAAAAAAAAAAGAAUCAAAAAUCCAAAAAAGAGCCUUAAAAAGAAUGCCUUGAAAUGAGAAUGGAAAAAAAAAUUUGAGUGCCUUUAGAAAGAAAAAUAUAA